CGGGCGCUGAGGCGGCGCCGGGGCCAGGAGGGGGAUCGGGAUCGGGAUCAGGACCGGGAUCGGGACCGGGAGGCGGGGCUGGAGCGGGAACCGGGCGGGCCAUGGCCGCCGCCGCCGCGCGUUGAGGCCCCGCCGCUCAGCCGGGCCGGGAUGCCCCGGGGGGGGCCCGGGCCGCCGCCGGAGCCAUGGAGGAGGAGGGCAAGAAGGGCAAGAAGCCUGGAAUUGUGUCCCCGUUCAAGCGAGUGUUCCUGAAGGGGGAGAAGGGCCGGGAUAAGAAGGCUCAGGAGAAGGUGACGGAGCGGCGGCCGCUGCACACGGUGGUGGUGGCGCUUCCCGACCGCGUGGAGCCCGACCUGCUGCUCCACGACUACAUCGAGAAGGAAGUCAAGUAUUUAGGGCAGCUCACUUCCAUCCCGGGAUACCUGAACCCCUCCAGCCGCACGGAGAUCCUGCACUUGAUCGACAACGCCAAGAGAGCCCACCAGCUCCCGGGGCAGCUGACCCCGGAGCACGACGCCGUCAUCAGCCUCUCUGCCUACAACAUCAAACUGGUGUGGAGGGACGGGGAGGACCUGAUCCUCAGGGUGCCCAUCCACGACAUCGCCUCCGUGUCCUACAUCCGGGACGACUCCGCACACCUGGUUGUGCUCAAGACAGCUCAGGAUCCCGGGAUCUCGCCGAGCCAGAGCCUGUGUGCCGAGGGCUCCAAGGCGCUGACGUCGGGCUCGCUGUCGGAGAGCGCGGGGGGGCCCCUGGAGUCCUGCUGCCUGGUGGUCCUGGCCACGGAGAGCAAGGUGGGUGCCGAGGAGCUGUGCUCCCUGCUCAGCCAAGUCUUCCAGAUCGUUUACACCGAGUCCACCAUCGACUUCCUGGACCGCGCCAUCUUCGACGGCGCCUCGACGCCCACGCGGCACCUGUCCCUGCACAGCGAUGACUCUUCCACCAAAGUGGACGUGAAGGAGCCCUUCGAGGCAGAUGCCAGCACUUUUUCCUUUGCAGACACGCUGGAAGCAGGGGACACGUCCCCGUCCUCCUUCUCGGCGCGCCCGUCCCCACACGUCACCACGGCCAGCGAGAGCGAGCUCAGCACCACGGCCACCGAGCUGCUGCAGGACUACAUGAUGACGCUCCGCACGAAGCUGUCCUCGCAGGAGAUCCAGCAGUUUGCCAUGCUGCUGCACGAGUACCGCAACGGGGCCUCCAUCCACGAGUUCUGCAUCAACCUCAAGCAGCUCUACGGGGACAGCAGGAAAUUCCUGCUCCUGGGCCUGCGUCCCUUCAUCCCCGAGAAGGACAGCCAGCACUUCGAGAACUUCCUGGAGACCAUCGGGGUGAAGGACGGGCGCGGCAUCAUCACGGACAGCUUCGGCCGCUACCGCCGCUCCCUGGGCGCCGCCUCCGCCUCCAACGGCACCGGCGCCGCCGGCAGCUCCGACGAGCAGUCGGUGCCCUCGGAGGAGGACGAGUGGGACAGGAUGAUCUCCCACAUCAGCAGCGACAUCGAGGCCCUGGGCUGCAGCCUGGACCGGGACUCGUCCUGAGGCAUCCGCGGCUGCUCCCGCCUGCAACUCGGGGCUGCCCUCGGGGGGACGUGGGGCUGCCCCCCGAGGGGACAUGGAGCGUGGAGCUGGUCCCAGGGUGAUCCUGGGACGUGGAGCUGGCCCUGGAGGGACCCCAGCACAGGGAGCUGCCCCUCGGGGGGGAGCAUGGAACAUGGAUCUGCCCUUGGAGGGGCCUGAGAACACCAACCUGUGUCCUCACGGAGAUCCUGGAACGUGGAGCUGCCCUUGGACCCCUCCUGUGGGAUCUGGGGGCUCUGGCAGGGUGUCUGCACUGCCCCAGCCUCAUUAACAGCUCCAGGGGCUCCAGCUGGGACGUGGGGGACAGACCUGGGUUUGGGUUUUGGGGACAGAUCUGCUCCUGAGCAUCCCUGUCUGCUCCUGAGGGAUGUGCUGAGUGCUGGGAUCUGCUCCCCCCCAGUUUACAGUUUGCACAGCGGGUCCCCCAGAACUGCCCCCCCAAAAUGAAGUUUUGCCACAAUGUGAA